AUGCCAGGCCGAGCCGAAAAUCGCCGCGAUAUCGAGACUCUGAUCAACAGCUUGGUAGGAGAAAGCAGGCCCGGAUCUACAAAUGGAGGGGCAGCAUCGCCGGCUCGUAGGGGCAGCCGACCAAACAGCGUCCUCAGCGCCGGGGAGUUGAGCACCGCGACCUCGGAAUUCGCAACCCCCGCCAACGGUCAAGCAACGCCGGCUCCAGUUCCCGCAGCACCACCUGUACAGCUGAGCCUGACGACGGCGCCGCUUACCACAAUAUACGAAUGCCCACCCUCACCUGUGAAGGAGGUACAUUCUUACAGCAAGGGAGUACAAACGGCCGAAGCAUGGACGUCGCCGACUCGACCCCGAGCUCAGUCGCUCUCCGACAACGAGGACAUUCCCCCAAUCACAUCGACACCCAGCAAGAGGCUGAGUAGAAGGCAGCGGGAUCGGGAGGAAGAGUUGCGACAGGACAUCAGAAGGGAAGUGGAAGAAGAGUUGAAGGCCUCGCUGGAUUUGCUCAAGGACGGGGUCAUUCCGAACGACGCCUCCACCAAGGCAAAUUACCCCAUGCGCAAACUCACCACUGAAGAGCUCGAGGCCGUCACUGGUGCGCCUGACUUUGCCGAUUUCCUUGAAAAGUCCACCAAGGUCAUUGAGCGAGCACUCGAUCAGGAGUACGACAUCCUCACCGACUACGCACUCCAAGGUCAAGACGUUGAUGAUGAAGACGACGAAAGCGGCAACUUUGGUGGCAAGGGCCGCCGUAGGGUGAAGGAAGUGGCACAGUUCUUUGAUGAAAGGUGGUCGAAGAAGCGCAUGAUCAGCAGUAUCGACUUUUCACAUCAUCAUUCCGAGCUGAUGCUGGCCUCAUACACCAAGAAUCCGACUGCACCACAUGAGCCAGACGGUCUCGUCCAAGUAUGGAGCUUGGCCCUACGCGACAGACCCGAAUAUGUUUUCCAUGCACAGUCCGAUGUUCUUACAGCCAAGUUCUCGCCGUACCACCAGAACCUCAUUAUCGGUGGCACUUACAGCGGCCAGGUGCUCCUGUGGGACAUGAGAGCGAAAUCGGCACCCGUGCAAAAGACGCCCCUUACAGGAUAUGGACACACGCAUCCCAUCUACUCCGUCGAUAUCGUCGGUACCCAGAACGCAAAUAACAUCAUUUCCACCUCGACGGACGGCGUGGUUUGCGGCUGGAGCAUGGAUGUAUUUGCCCAGCCACAGGAGCUGCUGGAGCUCAAAGCACCACCCGGAUACAAGUUGGACGAUGUCAGCCCGACCUGCUUGGCAUUCCCGCAGACCGAUCCAACCUUCUUUCUCGUCGGUAGCGAGGAGGGCACAAUUUUCCCCUGCCACAGAUACGACCGAGCUGGUGCAAAGGCAGGUGUUGAUGCUCGGGUCAGUUACAAGGGUCACACGGCACCUGUUAUGUCCGUAGACUUUCAUCCUGCGCGCGGACCGGUGGAUCUCGGCGAUUUGGUUCUCUCAUCGUCACUCGAUUGGAGUGUCAGGCUAUGGAAGGUUCGCGCGCCUGCUGCAACCUCUACUGCAGGAGGUGAACCAACGGUUUCGCCGCUCAUCGACUUUGUGCGAGAAGAUGUUGUUUACGACGCCCAAUGGUCGCCGAUUAAGCCUAGCGUGUUCGCUCUCGUUGAUGGCGCGGGAUGGCUUGAGCUGUGGGACAUCACGGUCGAGACUGAGGAGCCUGUCGCGAGAAUAUCGCCAAGCUCUCGUAAGGAUGGUAGAACCAUGCUGGCUAAGAGCUUGAACAAGGUUGUUUGGGAGCCUUCCGAGGGCAAGCGCCUGGCCACAGGAGGUAUCGAUGGAGUGCUGACCGUCUUCGAGGUCACGUCUGGUCUGGGCGGUAGAGAUGACUUGAAGGCGGAGGAGUGGACGAACGUGAAGAAGCUGGUCAAUAGAGUUGAGGCCCACGGGCUCAAUGGAGCGAUGGUGUAG